AGCCUCAGGACAGGCGAGACGGGCGGGACGGGCGUGGGGGCCGGAGGAGAAAACCAGGGAGGCCGGAAGCGGAGCCGGGGGUCUGCAGGAGGCUGAGUGAUGAAUAGGGACAUUGGAAGCAGGAGAGUGAAUGAAUGGGGGAUACUGAUCGCAGAAGGGGAAGGAAAUAGAGGGGGUCUGGCGAGGCAGGGGUCAGGUUAAGGAGCUCAGGAGACAGGAUGUGCAGGAUUGGGGGACACAAGCGACCAGGAGAAGGGGAAUGAACGAAGGACUAGAGAGGCAGAGCUGGGGAAUCUAGGAGAGAGGGGGCGGAGAGGAGAGCGUUCAUGGGAAAAGAGGCUUGGAGAAAGGGGGUAGAAGCUUCAUGAGGUGGCCUUUUAGAGUUGGGGAGGCAUACCGACUCAUGCCCAGACUGGAGACCUAGUUCCCAGUACUGUCCUUGGGAACUGAGGGGACCAGGAGAAGUUCCCUUGAUGCCAAGGGAGGGAUUGGACCCUCAGGGCCCUCUUUGACAUUCUCCCCAGAGAUGACUUAAAUGCCUGCCUCUGGAGUGCUUCUCCUGGGUCCCAAAGCUUUGCCUCUGGCUCCACCCCCCUUCCCAUAGCGUCAGAGGAAACAGUGACUCCCAGAGAUCUAUGUGAACUGCAGACACGUGGUCUUCCCCGCCCCACUGCGGCGGCUGCUGCUCUCUGGGCAGCCAGCCUCCUGGAACAGAGGCUCCUGCCAUCCCAUCAUCCUGGCCUCUGGGAGGACCUUUCUUUCCCUGUGUUCCAAGUCACCCUGCCUGAGGUGCCCCUCCAGAUUUUCAAACACGAUUUACAGUUCAGCUCCUGGCUCUGGUGGCUCUGGUGGCUCUGCCCAGUGUUGAACUGACAUGGCUCGAGCCUGACCUUCCAUUAGCUGCGAUCCUGUCGGGCACACACAGGCUGUUGCUGUGGCUGCUGUGAAUGAUCUAAAACCACGAGGCAGUCCGGGACUGAGAGACGAGGCAUUCCCUCUGCCUGGAUGUGUGGGAACUCCCUGCCAACUUGAUCGGUGGAUCUGGGGGGGGAUCCACCCCCACCCCGUGAGCAAAGUACAGUCCAUCUAGUGGGUGGAGCUUCAGGUGCCAGCCAACUGAAGGAUGGCCACCCCUGUGGUCACCAAGACGGCCUGGAAGUUACAGGAGAUUGUCGCCCACGCCAGUAAUGUGUCCUCGCUGGUGCUGGGCAAGGCCUCCGGGCGGCUGCUGGCUACUGGUGGGGAUGACUGCCGUGUCAACCUGUGGUCCGUCAACAAACCCAACUGCAUCAUGAGCCUGACAGGUCACACGUCCCCAGUGGAGAGCGUCCGCCUCAACACCCCGGAGGAGCUCAUCGUGGCCGGCUCCCAGUCAGGCUCCAUCCGCGUUUGGGACCUAGAAGCUGCCAAAAUUCUUCGCACGCUUAUGGGCCACAAAGCCAACAUCUGCAGCCUGGACUUCCACCCGUACGGCGAGUUCGUAGCCUCGGGCUCCCAGGACACGAACAUCAAGCUCUGGGACAUCCGGAGGAAAGGCUGUGUUUUCCGGUACAGGGGACACACCCAGGCCGUGAGGUGCCUCCGGUUCAGCCCUGACGGGAAGUGGCUGGCAUCGGCCGCGGAUGACCACACAGUGAAGCUCUGGGAUCUGACUGCUGGCAAGAUGAUGUCCGAGUUCCCUGGCCACACAGGGCCUGUCAACGUGGUGGAGUUUCACCCCAACGAGUACCUGCUGGCUUCUGGCAGCUCGGACAGGACCAUCCGGUUCUGGGAUCUGGAGAAGUUCCAGGUGGUGAGCUGCAUCGAAGGAGAGCCAGGGCCUGUCAGGAGUGUCCUGUUCAACCCCGAUGGCUGCUGCCUGUACAGCGGCUGCCAGGACUCGCUGCGCGUCUACGGCUGGGAGCCUGAGCGCUGCUUUGAUGUGGUCCUGGUCAGCUGGGGCAAGGUGGCCGACCUGGCUGUCUGCAACGACCAGCUGAUAGGUGUGGCCUUCUCCCAGAGCAACGUCUCCUCUUAUGUGGUGGACUUGACGCGGGUCACCAGGACAGGCACGGUGGCCCAGGACCCCGUGCAGGACAGCCGGCCCCUGGCGCAACAGCCAGCCCACCCCAGUGCCCCUCUUCGGCGCAUCUAUGAGCGGCCUGGCACAGCCUGCAGCAAGCCUCAGAGGGUGAAGCAGAAUUCGGAGAGUGAGCGUCGCAGCCCCAGCAGCGAGGAUGACCGGGACGAGCGUGAGUCUCGGGCGGAAAUCCAGAACGCCGAGGAGUACAACGAGAUCUUCCAGCCCAAGAACAGCAUCAGCCGGACACCACCCCGAAGAAGUGAGCCCUUUCCGGCACCCCCAGAGGAUGACAUGGUCUCAGCCAAGGAGGUGGCCAAGCCCAGCCCGGCCAUGGACUCGCAGUUCCCGGUGCCAAAUCUCGAGGUCCCGCCCCGGCCCCCCGCUGUCACUCCCACGCCUGCGCCCAAGGCUGAGCCUGCCAUCAUCCCUGCCACCCGGAACGAGCCCAUCGGGCUGAAGGCCUCUGACUUCCUGCCUGCCGUGAAGAUCCCCCAGCAGGCCGAGCUGGUCGACGAGGACGCCAUGUCGCAGAUCCGCAAAGGCCAUGACACUAUGUGCGUGGUGCUCACCAGUCGCCACAAGAACCUGGACACCGUGCGGGCCGUGUGGACCACAGGCGAUAUCAAGACGUCGGUGGACUCGGCUGUGGCCAUCAAUGACCUGUCAGUGGUAGUGGACCUCCUGAACAUUGUCAACCAGAAAGCCUCCCUGUGGAAGCUGGACCUGUGCACCACGGUCUUGCCGCAGAUCGAGAAGCUUCUGCAAAGCAAGUAUGAGAGCUACGUGCAGACUGGCUGCACGUCCCUGAAACUGAUCCUGCAGCGGUUUCUGCCCCUGAUCACGGACAUCCUGGCGGCGCCCCCCUCUGUGGGUGUGGACAUCAGCCGGGAGGAGAGGCUCCACAAGUGCCGGCUGUGCUACAAGCAGUUGAAGAGCAUCAGUGGCCUCGUCAAGAGCAAGUCGGGUUUGAGUGGCCGCCACGGCAGUGCCUUCCGGGAGCUGCACUUACUUAUGGCCAGUUUGGACUGAGGAGCUUUUGGGCCUGGCCUCAGCCCCUGUUCCCGUUCCCUGUGCACUCCUGGGCCUGUGAGCCUCUGCCCGGCCCCCUCUGCAGCCCUGUGGCCAUCCUGGAGGUGGUGGCUCCAGCCUACUGGCCACCUGCACAGCCCUGAGCUCUCAGACAACUUCUCCCUGGCAGUGGCUGCCCUGCUUGGCCAACUCCUGCUUCUGGGGCAGCAAAGAGCACCCUGGGGCUGCUGCUGUAAUUUAUAAGGCGAAUUUUAUUAAAUUUGUAACUAUUCCCCA